AUGAAGGCGAUUGCGCGCAGUUUCGUUUACUGGCCAUCACUGGACAACGACAUCACCGAUUGCGUCGCUACCUGUGGGCCGUGUCAGGCCGCAGCCAAAUCCCCUCAAGCAGUGGCCCCAUCAUUAUGGCCAAAACCAUCCGGUCCUUGGCAUCGUGUUCACAUCGACUACGCCGGUCCAGUGGAUGGAGUGUAUUUCCUGGUCGUCGUAGAUGCCUUCUCUAAGUGGCCUGAGAUCGUGAAAACGGCGAGUAUUACCUCAUCCGCUACAAUUACCAUCUUGCGAGGCAUAUUUGCUAGGUUUGGACCACCGAUAACAUUGGUCAGCGACAAUGGCCCCCAAUUCACCAGCGAAGUCUUCAGCGAGUUCUGCGAGCGGAACGGCAUCGAGCAUAUUCGAACUCCACCUUUUCAUCCACAAUCGAACGGCCAAGCCGAGCGGUUCGUAGACACGUUCAAGCGGGCGUUGAGGAAAAUACAGGUGGGAAGUACGUCGCUGGAAGAAGCAUUGGAUCUGUUUCUUCAAACCUAUCGCUCCACACCAAAUCCUGUUUUGGCGCAACGUACCCCAGCCGAGGUGAUGAUCGGAAGAGCAACCAGAACAGUUCAUCAUCUGUUGCGGCCGCCAGCGUCAUCAGAGACCAUCACUAGGAGCGAUAUUCGAGAAUGGCAGCCGGGUGAUUUGGUGUAUGCUAAAGUAUACAAGGCAAACUCUUGGAGCUGGGCAUCUGGAAGGAUAGUUCGCAGAGUGGGUAAUGUCAUUUACGAGGUGGUUACCCAGGACCAGCAAAAGCAUCGGCGUCACGUGAAUCAGCUCCGACGUCGUGUUGCUGGCCCGGCUGAACGGAACGAGCGAACGGAGCAUCAACUACCCAUAUUUAUCCUGUUGGAUGAAUGGGAUUUGCCGCAUCCUUCAUCUCAUCAGCCAGCGUUACCCGUGCCGUCGCCCGCAUCGCAUCCUACAUCAUCAUCAGCACCGCCUGCGCAGGUAGAGGCGCAGCGAGCAUUAGCAUCAUCGCCAACAGCACCGGCACAUUUGGAAGAGCAGCAAGGACCCCCGGCUAAUAGCAGGAGCAACACACAGCAGACGCGGCUACCACGACGUUCUUCUAGGAUUAGAAGAUUGCCACGUACGUUCAGCCCGUACAGGCUGACUUAA